UAUUUUUGGAAAUACAUAUAAAGUUUAUAAAAUCAUACUUAAAUGACAGCACUUUUUGGUCAAUAAAAGCGUCGAAUAUCUUAAAACCGGCAUUAAAAAUCAUAUUUUGCAAGGAAAAAUAUUUUUUGACUCACUUUCGAGGUUCUUUUCCAUGUUUUCGUAUUAAAAACACACGAACACUUAAUGUUAUUCCCCGAGGUAAUUUUCUAGAAUAAUUUUUUGAAAUUUCGUAUUGUGGCGCGGAAACGGAAAUCAAGUGUUUUGCGACUCUGAUUGGAUCAAAAACGACUUGAAGCAAAUUAUUAUUCUCGUCUCCUGCAUUGCUGUAGUUUUAAGGGAAAAGGAGCCUUAUUACGAGUCUGUAUAAAGUAGCGUGUAGUGUGGUGACGUCAGCCAAUGUCACGUUACCGACUACCUCGUCCCGCGUGCCCGCCAUUAUCGGCCGCGCAUUUUGCCUACGCUGUCGUGUAGAAAGAAAAUCCAAUAUGGCCGCAAUCAACAGACGUAUUCGGUUAAUGUGACAGUAAUAACAUUAACUUAACCCUAUCUUUCGGCGUUUAGUGAUAAUAUAACCUACAAAGUGAAUUAAAAAGAGAUUUUUUCGAAAAGAACUAAUAAAUUGUCGGGUUUUAAUUGUAAAAUUAACGUUUUAAAAGUUUGCAGUCCAUUGAAGAACAAAAUGGCGUCGGACCGUGCUGUUGUUUGAAAAGUGAUUUUAAAAACUUAAUUUAUUUAUUAUAUGAUAAGUUUGUUGUAAACAAACCGUUAUGGUAGUAUUAAGGGAUGAUUACUUCGUAAUUAUAAAAAAAAUUGUCAGUGUUUGUCUGUAAAAUAACCAAGAAAAUCCAGAUUAAAGCUUAAAAAGAUGCCUGAGACUGGAGUAUCAGACUCUGAAAAUUCAGGAUCAGGUUCUGAUAGCAAGUCAGAAGAUUCCUCUUCAGGAUCAGAAAGCGGUUCAUCUUCGUCAUCGAGCGGUUCAGAAAGCGGAAACGAAAACAAUUCCGAUAACGAAAAAUCUAGUAAAGAUAAUGUUCAGCCAGAAUCGUUCAGUGUACCUGCAGCUUCAGCUACAGAUUACCAACCUGAACAUGAUGAAACAAGCAACACCUCAUCACCAGAACCAAAGAAAAAACGAUCAACCUCACCCAGAGAUUGGGAAGAAAAUCCAGACAUAUACGGUAUAAGGCGGUCUGGGAGGUCGCGCAGGGAACCCGAGAGGUUACAAGCAAAGGACGGGGAAGGUGUAAAAAGGCGGAGCGAUGAGUGGAAGUACAACGAGGGUAGUUCUUCUGAAUCGGAGAACGAAGGUGGUGAAAAGCCGCCCCCUAGCAAGAGGAUGGGUUCAAAAAGGGCGCCCGCGCGUAAACCGGCGCCGAAACGGAAGAGCCGUUACAGUUCGGAGGAGUCGAGCGGUUCGGACGAUGAAAAUAGACGACAGGCUACGCGAAGGGCCGCGGCCGCGGUCAGCUACAAGGAGGAUUCCGAGGAUAAAACGGAUUCGGAGGAUUUGCUCGAGGUGGACAAUACGGAGCCGGUCGAGCCUGUUCCCGAGGAGAAGUGCGAGACCAUCGAGAAAAUUAUCGCGAUGCGUCGAGGGAAGAAGGGCGUUACCGGUAACACGACCACGUGCUAUCACGUGGAGGAGAACGGAGAUCCGAACGAGGGGUGCGACCCGAAUGACCGGGAGAACACCGAAGAUCAGUACCUGAUUAAAUGGAAAGACUGGGCUCAUAUACACAACACCUGGGAAUCCGAUCAAUCGCUCAAAGAACAAAAAGUCAAGGGGCUCAAGAAACUUGAGAACUACAUCAAGAAGGAAGUUGAAAUAAGUCAGUGGAGACGGUAUGCAACUCCUGAGGAUGUCGAGUACUAUGAGUGCCAGUUAGAGCUCUCGCAAGAGCUUCUCAAAAGUUUUAAUAAUGUUGAACGUAUUAUAGCCAAGUUCAAUAAACCUGACGGAGGUACCGACUAUUUUAUAAAAUGGGAAAGCUUGCCAUAUGCGGAUUCGACCUGGGAGGAUUCCGCCUUGAUAUUGAGGAAGUGGCCGGAGAAAAUAAGCGAGUUCAAUCAGCGGGAAAAUUCGACUAAAACGCCCACGAAGCAUUGCAAAGCGCUAAGGCAUCGGCCCAAGUUCCACGAAGUUAAGGAGCAACCUCUAUACAUGACCGGAAAGGAAAAUACUUUGGUGCUAAGAGACUAUCAAAUGGAUGGUUUAAAUUGGAUGAUCCAUUCCUGGUCAAAGGACAAUUCUGUGAUUUUAGCUGAUGAGAUGGGCUUGGGUAAAACAAUACAAACAAUAUGCUUUUUAAAUUACCUCUUCAAUGAGCAAAAUUUACAUGGACCGUUUUUGUGCGUCAUACCACUCUCAACUAUGACCUCUUGGCAAAGGGAGUUCGCCCAAUGGGCACCGGAUGUCAACUUUGUUACAUACUUGGGAGAUGUACAAUCUAGAGAUACAAUUCGGCAAUACGAGUGGAGUUACGAAGGAUCAAAGCGGUUGAAAUUCAAUGCUAUCCUGACGACGUACGAGAUAGUCCUUAAGGAUAAGGCUUUUCUGGGAGCCCUUAGCUGGGCUGUUAUACUGGUUGACGAGGCUCAUAGACUGAAAAAUGACGAUUCGUUGUUGUACAAAGCUCUGAUGGAGUUCGACACCAACCACAGACUACUAAUUACCGGAACCCCAUUGCAGAAUAGUCUUAAGGAGUUGUGGGCUUUACUUCAUUUCAUUAUGCCAGAAAAGUUCACAACAUGGGAGGAAUUUGAGAAGGAGCACGAGUGUGCAUCAUCGAAAGGAUACGGAAGGCUUCACAAGGUAUUGGAACCGUUCAUUUUGCGUAGGGUGAAGAAAGAUGUGGAAAAAUCGUUGCCAGCCAAAGUGGAGCAGAUUCUUCGAGUGGAAAUGACUUCGGUGCAAAAGCAAUAUUACAAAUGGAUUUUAACAAAAAAUUACAACGCCUUAAGGAAAGGCGUGAAAGGAUCGACGAACACGUUUUUAAAUAUCGUAAUCGAGCUGAAAAAAUGCUGCAACCACGCGCUUUUAACAAAACCGACUGAGUACGAAAAUCAGACGUCGCAAAUGGACCAUUUGCAGACGUUGCUGCGAGGCUCCGGCAAGUUGGUGCUUCUCGAUAAACUUUUGAUUCGGUUGAAGGAAACCGGGCACCGUGUGCUUAUAUUCUCUCAGAUGGUGAGGAUGUUGGACAUUUUAAGUGAGUACUUGCAGCUGCGGCAUUUUCCCUUUCAACGUUUAGAUGGCGGAAUUAAAGGCGAACUGCGUAGGCAAGCGCUGGACCACUUCAACGCCGAAGGAUCUCAGGACUUUUGUUUCUUAUUGUCGACGCGUGCCGGCGGUUUGGGCAUCAACUUGGCCACGGCCGACACCGUAAUCAUAUUCGAUUCCGAUUGGAACCCGCAAAACGACUUGCAGGCGCAAGCGCGCGCCCACAGGAUCGGCCAGAAGAACCAAGUGAACAUCUACCGAUUGGUGACGGCGAGGUCCGUCGAAGAGGAAAUCGUCGAACGAGCCAAGCAAAAGAUGGUGCUGGACCAUCUUGUCAUCCAGCGGAUGGACACUACCGGCAGAACGGUUCUCGACAAGAAGGGCGCCUCCACGCAGAACCCGUUCAACAAGGAAGAUCUCACGGCCAUCCUAAAGUUCGGAGCUGAAGAGUUGUUUAAAGACGAGGACGUAGAAGAAGAACCCAACUGUGAUAUUGACGAAAUUCUUCGGCGUGCCGAGACUAGAGAUGAAGGUCCCGCGAUGGCCGGCGACGAGCUGCUGUCCGCCUUCAAGGUCGCCAGUUUUGCCGCUUUCGACGAAGACGCCGAGCCGUCUCCGGCGACCACGGCGCAGCAGGACGACGAAAGCAAAGAUUGGGACGAUAUUAUACCCGAGAACAUGAGGAAAAAGAUCGAAGAGGACGAGAAGUCCAAAGAGAUGGAAGAUUUAUACUUGCCUCCGAGGCUACGAAAGACAUUGCAGCAGAUCAAUAAUUCGGAAAGCGACGGCGAAGGGGGCGCAGGCGGGAAAGGGAAGAACCGACGUAAGAAAGAAGGCGACGAAUCCGAUAACUCAAAUCCGGAAACCGGAGAUGACACCGACGACGAUCGGCCGAAAAAACGUGGCAGACCCCCGGUCGGUAAUCGAGAGAAAAUUAAAAACUUUACGGAUGUGGAAAUACGUAGGUUUGUAAAGAGUUACAAAAGGUUCAGCGCUCCGUUGAAACGUUUGGAAGCGGUGGCAUGCGAUGCGGAAUUGCAGGAAAAGCCACUGGCGGAAUUGAGGAAAUUGGGAGAGAUGCUGCACGAACGGUGCAAGGCGUUUAUGAACGAACAAACUAAAGAAAAUAACGACACUAACGGUGAAACUUCCGGCGGCAAAGGCCGCAAAAGACUGAGAGGACCGUCGUUUAAACUCGGAGGCGUGUCGGUAAACGCGAAGACCAUGAUGGCCUGCGAAGAAGAGCUGGCUCCUCUCGAUGAGGUCCUUCCUUCCGACGCCCACGAAAGAAGUCGAUGGAUUUUGGAAAGUCGAACCAAACCGGCGCACUUCGACGUAGUUUGGGACGCAAACGAGGACUCGAAGCUUCUUCAAGGCAUCUACAUUUACGGUAUGGGCUCCUGGGAACAAAUUAAAUUGGACCCGUCGCUAGGUAUCGGUGAAAAAAUUCUAUUAAAUGAAGACAAAAAACCACAAGCCAAACAAUUACAAUCACGUGCCGAGUACUUGCUGAAAAUUCUCAGAAAAGGUCUGGACCAAAAGAAGGGUGUCUCCAAACCAAAACGGCAGCGGAAAGUUAAGGAAACCAAAGCCUUAACCAAAGAAAUUAUCGAACACGAUGACAUCAGUUCGAAUGACGAAUCUACCAGUCAAAGUGGUCAAGUCCCUUCGGCAUCUAAAAAACAAAAACCAUUGAAGAAAGACAAAGAACACCACCACCACCAUGAACAUCGGGAUGAAAAAGAGCAGCAGGAGCAUCGAGUCCUCCAGGAGAAGAAGGAAAAGAAAAAGGAGAAAAAAGAAAAGAAAAAGGCUGCCGGCCCCAUGCAUUUUACGGCUAAUAACGAGCCCAGAGCAUUAAACGUCCUGGGUGAUUUGGACCCUGCCAUUUUUAACGAAUGCAAGGAGAAAAUGAGACCGGUCAAGAAAGCCCUAAAAGCACUCGACAACCCUGAUCAGUCUUUAUCAGAAACCGACCAGGUGGCCCACACGAGACUCUGUCUCAUACAAAUUGGAGAGCAAAUCAAUACCUGCCUGGAAGCUUAUAGCAACGAUCCCGAAAGAGUGAAGGAAUGGAGAAGUAAUUUAUGGUAUUUUGUUUCAAAGUUUACGGAGUAUGAUUCGAAGAAAUUGUAUAAGCUUUAUAAGAAAGCUUGCAAGAAAAGUGAGAAGAAAGAGGAGUCGGCAGGUACCAGUAAAGAGAAGAGCAAAGAAAAUAAGGAACAUAAACGAAAACAUGAAAGCGACGCAGAGAAGGAAGAGAAAAGCCAUAAAAAACAUCAUUCAGAGAAGAAGGAAAAGAGAGAUAAAGAAAAGGAGAAGGAGCGUAGGAAAGAGAGCAGCAGAGGAGAUAAGGUAGAAGAGGGGGAAUUUCAGUCUUACCGCAAUCGUAAACCUUCGGGUUCGCAGAAAAAUCCGGCGUUCAGAAACGAACAGCAGGCCCACGUGGACAAACAAUGGUAUGGAAGAAAUUCCGACUACCAAAGACCCAUGGGCGGCGGCUACCAUAGGGAUCGAGGGGGGGACUACAAUCAAAGACCGGACAAGAGAUCGCCAGAUGCAGCAAAAGGAGAUUGGAGAAAUUAUCAGAGGGGAGCCAGAGAUGGUGCGGCGCAGCAGAUGGGGGGACGACCCCAAAUGUACUACGCCGGGAAUUACAAUAUGUCGAAUCCGUCGUUGUUUCCUCCAGAGCAGUUUCAAAGUUCGCGGUAUUCUCCGGGCGAUUGGAGGCCGCCGGAGAGGGAGUACCGUCGCGACGAUUACCGACGACAGCAGUAACUUGUACGUUUUUUUUUGUAUUUUAUUCAAUUUUACCAACUCUUUUUGAAUAACAUUAUUUUUUUGUUUUGGGAAGUUAUUGAGAAUGUUUUUAUUUUUUAAUUUAUUAGUACAACUGUCCCUUCUCGAUAAUUUUCCAGAAGCUGCAUUUUCAUUACCAAAUGUUUUAUAUAAAUUAUUAUGUACAUUUUAAAAUAGAUAAAGGUGGCUGUGUUUGUAAACAUUUUUUCACGAUAUAUGCAGGCCUACCAACAAAAUGUAAAUGAUACUUUUGAUGUACA